AUGGGAACUGGGGCCCACGACCCUAACGAACGGCCAAGGGCCGAACCCCCAGCAUCAACGGUCUCGAUUGGACAUCGUCAGAGUACAAUCGCCACACGUUUGUUUGUACAACCAACCUUGGGUGACUCUGACUCUCGCGAGAGCUCCAAAGCUUCGGAAGAGAGAGAAAGAGAUUGGACAAUGAACGGCGGAGAUUUGAACCAGCAACAGCAGCAGCAGCAACAGUUGCAGCAGCAGCAGCAAUGGGCGGCGAUGCAGCAGUAUCAGCACCAAUGGAUGGCGAUGCAGUACCCGGCGGUGGUGAUGCACCAGAACAUGAUGUACAACCAGCAUUACGUGCCGUACUACCCCCACCACCAGCAUCAAUUCCCUCAGCCCAGGCAGAUUCAGAGCUCGGGGGAGGAGAACAAGACCAUCUGGAUCGGAGAUCUCCUGCCAUGGAUGGAUGAAGCUUAUCUCAACUCUUGUUUUUCUCAAACUGGAGAGGUUGUCUCUGUUAAGAUAAUACGCAACAGGCACACCGGCCAGUCCGAGAGGUACGGAUUUAUCGAGUUCAGCUCUCACACGGCGGCAGAGACGGCCCUUCAAGGCUACAAUGGCACCACAAUGCCUAAUGCCGACCAACCUUUCCGCCUCAACUGGGCAGCUUUCAGUGGCGGUGGUGGCGACAGGCGUCCUGAGGCCGGUUCCGAUUCAUCCAUUUUCGUUGGGGAUUUAGCUGCCGAAGUCACGGAUGCGCUCUUGCUAGAUACCUUUGCCAGUAAGUAUCCAUCUGUGAGGGGUGCGAAGGUGGUGGUUGAUUCGGGCACGGGUCGCUCGAAAGGCUAUGGGUUUGUCAGGUUUGGUGACGAUAACGAGAAGAUGAGGGCACUGACUGAAAUGAACGGCGUGCUUUGUUCGAGUAGGCCUAUGAGGAUUAGUGUUGCCACUCCAAAGAAACCCUUGCUACAACAGCAGCAGUAUGGUUAUCAAGGUCAGCCAGAGAGUGAUUUAUCUAACACGACGAUAUUUGUGGGCGGACUUGACUCUGAUGUCUCUGAUGAAGAACUCAGAGGGUCUUUUAUUGCAUUUGGUGAAGUCAUAUCUGUUAAGAUACCAGCUGGAAAGGGAUGUGGUUUUGUACAAUUUGCAAACAGAAGCAGUGCAGAGGAAGCAAUUCAGAGAUUAAAUGGAUCAGUUAUUGGCAAACAGACUGUUCGCCUUUCUUGGGGUCGAAGCCUUGGCAACAAGCCGUGGAACGGGGCUCAGUAUGGGCGGCAAAAUUACAAUGGAUACGGAUAUGCUGGUGCAGCCUAUGGCGCAUCUUCAAACGGCAACAUCAACAACCACCAGCAACCAGUAAGCUAA